AUGGAUGAAGAAAGGUUGAAUUUGACGCCUCGCAGGAUCGCCUGUCUCUACCGGAGACAAGAGACAGGACAAGACGGGAUAGGUCAGGCUUGGGCGGAAAAGUGGCAGCAGUGGAGGGUUGUUACAAGCAGCAGCAUCCAAUUCCUCGAGAGGGAAGGGGAACGGGAGGGGAGCGGAGGGGGUUACGGUGCCUUCCCGUUCCUCUCUUCGUCUUUUCUAAUGCAGCAGGAACCCCAGCAGCACCUUCCUGGACCCCCCAAUGCCCACCCCGAACCACCUUGCGUCGUCUUUCGAACGAGUCGAAAUCGAGAGGUUGGGGAGCUCAAGUCCCCACUUGCCAGGUUCGAGGCCGCCGUCCAAUCACAGAUCGAGUCCUGUCAAGGGAGCGGCCGGAUUUCAGGCCCUGGAUUGGGUGGGAGGGGCUGGAGAGGGGCCCCUACACCGAACAUUGACCUGCGCGAGUACGUACCCUCCUGCUCUGUUCGCUCUGCGCUCUCCCGUGCCCUCGCACCGGAAACACAUCUCAACGCCAUCCUCCUCCUCCUCUUCCUAAACCGUAUCUCCCUUUCUGACCUCUCCCCCUGUCCCCAAAGCACCCAUGCGCCCCCCAGCUCAACCCGCGUCGUUCGUGUUUUAGGAAACAAGCGUGUCUGCCCCUCGGACGUUUAA